AUGAUAUGGAAGGCAUCAGAUUGGGAAAUGGUGCUGGGCCAAGAGAGUGCAGGGAUUGUGACAAGUGAUGGAGAAUCAGCCCAUUCUUUCAAAGUGCACAAGGGAAUGGGUCUUGUUAAUCACGUGUUCAGCGAAGAUAGUCUGAAGAAGCUCUAUGUCUCAAAUCUUGGAAUUGGCCAUACAAGAUACUCUACCUCUGGAGUCUCUGUCCUUGAUAACUGUCAACCAUUUGUUGUGGAAACUUUGCAUGGGAAGAUUGCAGUCGCCCACAAUGGGGAGCUUACAAAUGCUAUGCGACUGAGGAGGAAGCUAAUGCGUCAUGGAGUGGGAUUAUCUACCAGUUCUGAUAGCGAACUGAUUACUCAACUGCUGGCAUUCACCCCUCCUCUAGAGCAAGAUGAUACACCAGACUGGGUAGCAAGGAUUAAAAAUUUGAUGAAUGAAACACCCACUUCAUAUUCACUUCUGAUGAUGCAUAAAGAUAUUAUCUAUGCAGUUCGCGAUCCCUAUGGGAACCGUCCUCUUUGCAUUGGCCGCCUUGUUCCAGUAGGUGAUAUCAGUGGAAAAGGGAAGAAUAAUGCUGAAACUGAAGGCUGGGUAGUUUCUUCAGAAUCCUGUAGCUUUUUAUCAAUUGGUGCAGAAUACUACCGGGAAGUCAUGCCUGGAGAGAUUGUGAAAAUAUCCAGAUACGAUGUCCAAACAUUAGAUAUUGUACCCAGACCUGAAGGAGAUCCAUCAGCAUUCUGCAUUUUUGAAUAUGUGUACUUUGCAAGGCCAGAUAGCAUCUUUGAAGGUCAGAUGGUAUAUUCUGUAAGAAGGCGAUGCGGUCAACAGCUUGCUAUUGAAGCCCCAGUUGAAGCAGAUUUGGUUAGCACAGUCCCAGAAUCUGCAACGCCUGCAGCACUUGGCUAUGCGCAAAAGUGUGGCUUACCAUACAUUGAAGUGCUUUGCAAAAACAGAUAUGUAGGAAGAACUUUCAUUCAGCCAAACAUGAGGUUAAGACAGCUGGGAGUGGCCAAAAAAUUUGGAGUCUUGUCAGACAACUUCAGAGGAAAGCGAGUUGUCCUUAUUGAUGAUUCUAUUGUGCGAGGCAACACUAUUUCACCCAUAAUUAAACUACUGAGAGAAUCUGGUGCUAAGGAGGUGCACAUCCGUGUGGCUUCACCUCCAAUAAAAUUUCCGUGUUAUAUGGGAAUAAACAUUCCAACAAAGGAAGAACUUAUUGCAAACAGGCCGGAAUUUCAAGAUCUAGCAGGCUACAUAGGAGCUGACAGCGUUGUUUAUCUUUCAGUAGAAGGAUUGGUGUCAUCUGUCCAAGAAAGCAUCAAAGCAAGACAAGACAGUGAAAACCACCUAAAAACUAAUAAGUUCCGAACUGGGAAAAUCGGCCAUUGUAUAGCUUGCCUUGUUGGAGAAUACCCAGUAGAGCUAGAGUGGUGAAUUUUCUGAAUGUUAUCAGUAACAAAUUACAGUUUGGAACUGAUGAAAUGGGUUGCUGCUAAGCAAGUGAUCAAACCACUCAUGUAUUUGUUUAAACCUUAUUAGGAGAAGGUAAAAAGGAGCAUAUAAGAAUAAAUUUUGAACAAUCAUGCAAUAAUGCUGUAGUGGGCGACAGUGGGGAGGGGGGAGUGUAUGGGUAAAAGGCCUAGCAAAAAUUUCUUGAUUCCAUAGGUGGCCUAAUCCCACCAAAAAACUUUGGAGAUCUUCUUAGGCUUUCACUCACAGUAAUGGUUUCUUACAAUUACAUUAUGAGAGGUUGUGAGCCAUUAAGCCAUCUCACAUUUUAAGCAGCGUUCAAUCGGAAAAAAAAUGUGAAUUUAAUCUUAGGUCAACACACAGAUCCUUAAGUUUCACUGCUUUCAUUGCUGGUUUUUAUCCAGCUAUUUGGGAUCCCUGUUUUUAAAAAGUGAAGUGUCUUGUUGUUUUUAAAGCUACAACUUUGAGUUAUAAUCUGCUACCAAAGAGACUGAAUGUUAUUUUUAUACAAUGCAUGGCUGAGACAAGGAGACUCAGGGAGAUGUUAAACAAAGUUCUCUUUAAUAAUUUGAGCCUUAAUUCUUUCAUGUCUGACAAAUAUACUUUCUGAAAGUAGCUUCAUUGUUUAUCAGAGAGGUCUGAGAGGAAAAAAAUAAGUUAAUCAUCAUUCGUGUAUUAGACAUUAGGGCGAAUUUUCCCCAGUAUGUUCUUUCAGUUUCAGUGCUUACUUAACUGUUGCCUGUUUUUGUUGCAUGAAAGCCUUCAAAGAAGACUCCAACACUGAAAAAUUAACACACAACUUUAUUUCAAUUAUUUUAACAAAUGUAAUGAUGAUAAUUUAAUAUAUAUUACUGUUUUAUUCAGUGUUUCUCUUUUUAAUAUAGUAUUUUUUGUGUUUUAAAUGAAUGCUAAGUCACUGUUAUAAUUCAGAUCACAUCUGUGAUUGCUAGUAGAAAAUAAUUCUGGUCCUACUCCAAAGUCCUAACCUCUAAACAGCCUAACAUAGGAGUUUGGUGUCUGUUCAGAGGUAGUUAUAACUUUCCAAAAGGAAACUUUUAGGAGAAAACUGAGUCUGACUCUCAAGGUCCAGAUACAAGAGGCAUGGUUCAUACCAACCUGUUUUUGAUUGCUGCAAAAAUGACAUGAAGGACUUCUUAUUGUGCUUAGUCUCUUGAGAACAUAAAGGCCUAUGUUUACCCUC